UCGGAAAUAAUGGCAAUUAAUUUAAUUUGAUUUCGAAGUAUAAAUCAGCGCUAAUGCGUGGAUUACAUUAAUUACCAAUAUAUAUAUCCUAACGAAAAAUUGAAAAGCAAGAUUCAAGAUGUGGAUUUUUCUGUUUUAUUCUUUCACACUUGCCCAAGGAAUUUUAGCAGAAGUUGACUGCUCUAAAAGCGGUUUCGAUGAGUGCGAAACCCCGGCUAUGUUUUAUUUCAUUCCCACUGAAAUCUCAACUUACAACAGAUUAUGCCCACAGCUGACAGCUUUUUUCAAAUGCCUGAAAAGUUUUCAAGACAAAUGUGAUGAACACAUUUUUGAUUCCAAGGCAGAGUACGAAGGAAUGUACGGCGCAUUCAGCGAUCUUUGCGAAGAAGGAACCUUCUUGAAUACAGUUGCGACAGCAAACUUGAGGUGUUUCAACGACACUUUUAGUACAACAGAUUGUCCCGAAAAUAUGAAGGCCAUCACAGGUCCGUACCGAAGUUCGAUAGAUGAGACCGAGAAUGAAGAUGAUUAUAGGCUUCCUAUUGAAGUUAUGUGUUUGCAAGAUAUCCUUGAAUCAGACUGCCUUGCAGCCGAUAUUGGAAAGAAUUGCGGCCAAGCUGCCUUGGAAGCCACGCUGGAAUUCUUUCGCAGGACCUUCUACGUCGAAGACACUUGUGGAGUUGAAAACUCCAAACAUGUCUUGAAAAGUCUGGAUAUGUACAAAUUGGAUGAAGAACAAAAAGAACUCGUCAUCGCUACUUUGGAGAAAAUUAUCAUAUCCGGUGGAGAUUGAAGAACCUGCUGUCUGUUAAUAUCGUAGUGAUGAAUGUCUUCCUUGACAUUAUGGUUCAAUAACGAAAAGUUCAAUCAAAAAUUUCACAUCCGAUUUUCUUGUACUAACACAAUGUGGUAUGCUCUUUGAUUUCAAAUAAAAUGAAUAAAACCGAA